GAGGAAAAGACAGCUGACACGACGCUGAGUCGAAAGAGCGUCAUGGACGCGCCCUCCAAGCCGAAAGACCAGGACUUCGCGCGGCUUCUCACCGUGGGCCACUCGAACCACCCUCCAGAGGUCUUCCUGAAGUUGCUAGGCAGAUGGAACAUCAAGGAGCUCGUGGACGUCCGGAGUAUCCCGUCCAGCGGCAAGUUCCCUCACUUCAAGAAGCACGCGUUGCAAAAGCUUCUUGAAAGCCAGGGGAUCAGUUAUAGACAUUGUCCGGAGCUGGGAAACAAAGGAGUGGAAGGAGGCAUCCUGGCGCUUCUGGAACUGCCUGAAGGCCACACUAGCUGGACCCAAGUCAGCCUUCAUGUGUGCGGAGGCAGACUGGCGGGAGUGCCAUCGUCAGGUUGUGGCUCAGAGGCUCCUGCAGGACUUUGGUGUCACCGUCCGGCACAUCAAGCGGGACGGAACUUUAGAACUGCACCCCGAGGACCAUGUUUUACCGUCCUACUUCGCAGUCCCAAAGGCACCGCCGCAGGCACCGCACGCACCAAUGCAGGGCUAUGGAGGGGAUGGUCUACAACCAGCUGGAGAAGACUUGUUGGCGCAGCCUGCCGCAGAUGGCAUUCAACCUACUCUCCAGGCACCAGAGGCACCACAGGCACCAGCGAAAACUCGCCGCUGGAAAAACAAGGGUGCCGCAGGUGCUGAUGCUUCCAGUGCUGCAACACCUGCACCAAAGCCUCAAGGAGGUGUGGGCUCGCGUUGGGCUCCAGCAUCUGCAACCUGAAGGGCUAAGUGAGACCUUCUGUAUGUACAGGAACACAUGAACAAACAGGCGCAACGCAGAGC